AAGGAUAGACCUUCACUUUUUUUGAAGGACCGUUCAUUCGUAAAUGCAUUCAGUGUUGUAACCGUGUGCCAAAAUAUACGCUUGUGCUUCUUAUGUGCCCAUGUUUUAUAUGAACAUGGGAGAGAACUCGAUGACGAUUUGCCCUCACUCUUCAAGUGGGAACCCUUCACUGAGGAAGCCUUCUUUAACCGACAUGUCUGGUUCUGGCGAUGUGGUCGUAGUUUCGUUCUGCGAUACAGAUACGUCCAGUGCACGUUUCCAUGGUCUAUUUCCACGUGUGAACAAGGCAAAACUCAUUGAAGAAGGCACAAAUACGUUGUACACAGCUGUCGUACUGAACUUGAAGAACGAAGGCAGCUCCCUUCUAGAGGUGCUGCGUAUUGAUAUAAAACAGUCGAGUUCCCAGGAUGAAGCCACAGAAACUGUCAAUCCACCACGCAGCUUUACAUUAUACAACCCCAGCAAGUUCUCGGCUAGUGCGAUAAGGCAGGAGAGGAAAGAUUCUCGAAUAUUUUCGCAGCUUCAGGUUGCAGCACGCAUUCCGGAGUCUUCAGCUGUCGCCGAGAAGCUGAAAUAUCAGUCUUUCGUGCAGGUUGGAACUCAAUUGAUGAGGAUGAUACAUGGACAUAACCAAUACACUGCCUCGAUGCAACGCUUAGGAGGUUGAUCCAGUUGAUGAGAAAAUUUGCUUUAAGGUGUAUCUGAAACGAUGGACUCCAUAUAGGGGUCAUUGGGUCCCCACAGUGUAGAGUCUCGGAGUUUUGAUGUGUCUCAAAACAGAAGCUCUAAUGGCUUGG